GUUCGUUUGCACCGCUGCAGCAUCAAAGGAACGAGUCGGAUUAUCCAGCGUUAAUUUCAGCGCGUGCUUGCGUGAUGCAUGAUGGCUGACAAGAAGGGAAAUGGCGGCCGUGGAGUCUCCUGGCGUGAGCGGGAGACGCUGGAUCUGCUCUCCAUUUGGGGUGAGGAGGAGGUGCAGGAGGCCUUGGGUAUCUCACAUCGAAACAUAGACAUCUUUGAGAAGAUUGCCGAGCAGAUGGCGGCCAAGGGACACAAGCGCACUGCGGUGGAGUGCCGCACGAAAACCAAAGCCCUGCGACAGGAAUACAAGAAGGUUUCAACGCACAAUAACCAAUCCAGCUACUCCCUGGCAACCUGCCCUUUCUACAACGAGCUCCACCGCAUUCUCCGAGAGGAUGCCCGCAUUAGGCCAAAGCGCGUGCCCAGACGCCUUAAUCUGCACGCAGUGGAAGAGGUGCAGAUACCAAGCAUGGAGGACGUGAGUGGAUCGGAGAUGCUAUCCGGUCACAAUGUACUGACCAUCAAACAUGAAGACAUACGGUGUUCCACACCCACAGAUAUGGGCACCGGUGAGGCUUUCCCAAACAUCGCAGAGAGCAGCCUAGUUUUGGAAGAACAGCUGGAUGAGACCGGGGUCACAGGCAACAUGCAGCAAGGGGACAUUGCUGCAUCUGGAGACCAAGCGGCCCUGCCCGAAGGACUCAAGGUGCAACCCUCCACUCCCACUUCUGAAGAGCAAGGUGAGCCCUCAGGCGCGGAGCAGGAGAGGCCCGUGAUGAUGUUGUCGCCUGCCACGCGGCUGACCAACGCGAGGUACCGCAAGAGGCGUUUUUCUUUGCUGAACGACGUCGCUCACCAGAUGCUGCGCCAGUGCGAAAACGAGGAAGCCAACGCCAACUGGCGCCACAAGGAGCUGAUGGUACAAAACAGACGGCACCACGAGGAGAUGAUGGCCGAAGACAGACGCCGUCAUAACCAGAUGGUGGAGGAGGCGAGAUUGGACCGCCGGGUGUUCCUGGACGCCAUGCAGAAGAACACGGAUGCAAUGCUCGCGGCCGUCAGCGUCCUCAAAACGAUUGGCGACGUCAUGCUGGCGAGGCGAGGGGGAGUCCCGGAACAGGGCAAAGGCUGAAGGGGGUGAUCCACCGAGCCCCCACACCGAACUAGGAACACAGACCGACCCCCCCUGACCACAGUACUGCCACACAGGACAAUGUGCCCCGGUGACACACCCGAUAAGCGUGCAUGUGCUGGCCGCAAGAAGGCUCGCAUGGACCCGUAGUUUGCCCAGACACCACUUCUGCACACGCCCAGAAAUGGUUCUGUAACGCUUUAUGGUCGUCGAACGUUACUUUCUCCUUUUACAGCAUAGCUAGUGUCGUCGCAGAGGGCUUGCGUGGGGUUCUGCGGGGAAGUUCCAGAGAACAAAAGUAUGCAGAGAGCACCGUUGUUUGUUAAUAAACACAUAGCCACACCAGACCUCCUCCCCGAUCCAUGUCAUCCAUUGUUCAUCCCCUCCCCUCAAAAGAACUACUGACAAUAUAAGCAAUAAAAAACGAUUUACAGCACAGAACCCCCCCAGAGAACCAGCUGCUCCAGUCCUAGGUGCCGCUUUA